AUGCUCAUCGUCAAGACUGACGAAACCGCCGACCCGCCGUCCUACAGCGACGCCACAUCGGGAUCGCCAUCCGAGACAACGGACUACGUUUACUACAUUCUCCGCUCACCCAACGCGCGCCCCUCCCACUCUGCCUUCCAACUCACAGCACCCACGCUUGGCCGCGUCCUGCUCCGCGCCAUCCCCCCACCACGGACCGUUGCAGUGCUGAAGCGUUGCAUUGCCAGCCUCGAGGGACUGCCCAUUGCCGCGUCCGUGGCGGUAAUUGUGUAUGUGGAUGAGGAUGAACCCCAGCCGUUACCUGAUACGAAGCGCAUCGGUGACUUUGGCUCUCCGGGCCGGCCGUGUGUCGUUUGCAUGCCCACGAUGGUGGAGGAAGGCCCAAGGGCAGAACAUGUGGGAGAAACUGGGGAAGAGAAUGCGGGAGAAUACUUCUACUACCGACUCUACACCACCACUGGCGAAGACACCUCCGUCCACGCGUUUCACGCAAAUGACCCGUCGCUGGGGCGGGUUUCGCGCGGCAGCAUCCCAACGCCAUACCCCUUUUAUCAGCUUAACCUCGAAGCUGAGAUAGGAUGCUCACUACUAACCGCCUCCAUUGCGCACAUCGAGCGCAAACCCAAUUAUGCUUCUGCGGAGGUCUACACCUCCAUAUCGGCGGCGGAGGCCCUCCCGGCCCAUGCGCUGCUGCCGUCGACGGCCGGGCGAAGCAAGGAGACCGCAGUGGUGCUGGUCGCAUCCGAAAUGUGCACCCCGGUCCCCCCGGGCAGGCCACACGCGUAUCCCGUGCCGCCUUUUGCGCCGCCGACACCAGGAUUCGGGUCGACAGGGAUUCCCGGGGUGCCGUCCCCUCCGCUCCACGCCUCCCUUGUCAGACCAGCGUGGCCCCUCGCGGACUGGCGCACCGGCCUUGGGCGCGGACGCAAUUUCCCGCCGGCUCAGCCGUGGGCGGUAUACGAGCACAGCAACGCGGGCCCUGGCUUUCGCGCCCAUGCGCUGGGCCAGAACAUUGCGAACAACGCGCUGGAUAUGGCUGCGCGGUGGCUCGGCCGCGGUGGGCCAGCGGCGAAUGUUGAUCCUGCCGUUCACUCGCGGGCUCGGCCAGGGGGGCUCGGGAUGAAGGGGAUGAAUCUGGAUUGA